AGUAUGGCAUCGAGGAGAAUGGAGACCAAACCUGUGAUAACCUGUCUCAAAACCCUCCUCAUCAUCUACUCCUUCGUCUUCUGGAUCACAGGGGCGAUCCUGUUGGCUGUUGGAGUCUGGGGAAAGCUGACUUUGGGAACCUACAUCUCCCUUAUUGCGGAGAACUCCACAAAUGCUCCCUACGUGCUCAUUGGAACCGGCACCACCAUUGUGGUCUUUGGCCUCUUUGGAUGCUUUGCUACGUGCCGUGGUAGCCCAUGGAUGCUGAAACUGUAUGCCAUGUUCCUGUCCCUGGUGUUCCUGGCUGAGCUGGUUGCUGGCAUUUCUGGAUUUGUGUUUCGUCAUGAGAUCAAGGACACCUUCCUGAGGACUUACACGGAUGCCAUGCAGAACUACAACGGCAAAGAUGAAAGGAGCCGGGCAGUGGACCAUGUGCAGCGCAGCCUGAGCUGCUGUGGCGUGCAGAACUACACCAACUGGAGCAGCAGCCCCUACUUCCUGGAACAUGGUAUCCCCCCCAGUUGCUGCAUGAACGAAACUGAUUGUAAUCCGCUGGAUCUGCACAAUCUGACUGUGGCUGCCACCAAAGUUAACCAAAAGGGCUGUUAUGAUCUGGUGACCAGUUUUAUGGAGACUAACAUGGGGAUCAUUGCUGGAGUGGCAUUUGGAAUCGCAUUCUCCCAGUUGAUUGGCAUGCUGCUGGCCUGCUGUCUGUCCCGGUUCAUCACUGCCAAUCAGUACGAGAUGGUGUAAAGAGAAGUCUUUCAAGAAUUCUGGAAUAAGAGGCCUGUUUUUAAAAAAGGAACUGCCGCAAUCUGAAAGACUUCCAAAGAACGUUAGAGCACAGUACAUACUACCCCUGCCCUGCUCCCACCACCCGCUCUCCACAACCCUCCCCCAUGUGCAACUGACACUCCUCCCCAGUCGAUGCUCCUACCUACCUUUCAGCCCACGUCAUUCGUAGUGUCCAUCUUGUGAAGCCCUGUUGUGCCACACAGUGUAGCCAGCCCCCCUGCAGCUAGUCAUAGUGAACCCCGCCCUAAGGCCCUGUGAAGUGCCAGCUCCCUCACAUGUACUUGGUCCAACUGUAGGUGACUGGUUAUCACAUCCUCACUGGCCCCUGUGGCCUUGCAUGUAGUAGGGGAGGCUUCAGUCAGCCCCUCGCUGUGGUCCAAGAAUGCCACACACUUUUCUGUAGAUAAUGCAGAUGGUAAUUAUCUUUUCUUUCUGGCUUAAUCUGAUUUGGUUUGCUUUUCCCUUUCCUGGGAUUCUUUCCUACCUUCUUUAGGCUGUCUAGCACAUUAGAGGAGACACAGUGGGAGGGAUUCAUGAGGAGAAAACAGCAUGUGGCGUGCAUGGCAGAAAGUGCUAAGUAUUAGCUGCUGCCUUGCUCAUUGUUCCAAGAGGUGGGUGUGGAGAGAUCCUGUUACAAGGUUGUGUUGUUACUUCCCUGGAAGGCAAAGACGCUACUUUUGAUUUGCCCCAACUAAUUUCUAUUAUUUUGCCUUUUCUUUCCGUAUGUUAUUUUCUUUCUUGCAUUGACAUUAUAGACUUUGAGGACCUCAUCAGAUCAAUUUAAAAGUGAGUGUGGAAGGGAAACAAAGGUCAACAUAUUUUUAAAAGAUCUUAAAAAUAAUGCCUCUGUCUAGCAUGCCAACAAGAAUGCAUUGAUAUUGUGAACAUUUGUGAUACACGUAUUAAUAAAUAGAGCAAUUACAAAUA